UGCAAGCCAAAGCUAAAAAAGAGUCUCCUUUUUUAUACAUCUUCUUCUUCUUCCUCAUCGUCUCCAUCUUCUUGUUCUUGUUCUUCUUGAUUCCUUCUUGCAGUUGCAGGGAUUGCUGUGCGAAACCGGGUAGACAGCAUCAUUUGCGUCAUGGGUUUCUUCUCCGCACUCGGAGGGAGCAAAAGCGCGUUCAAUGCGCUUCCCCGCUUCUCCAGGUCGGUUCCCACGCCCGCAGCUCCUCCGAACUCUCUACGACAGGGGUCGUCGUUCUUCACUCGCUGCGGCCGACCUCGCGCAUCGGCACAGCUAUCGCCCUUCAUAUAUCGAUAUCAAGCGAAGAUUCCUGCACCGCAACCGCUUCCGGCAGGGAGGAACAGGUCGGAUGCCGAACGUGUCGUCGAGGCGAUACAGCACGAACAAGUUCGGGUCGAGGAGAAGACGAAAGCGAAGCGUGAUCAAUGCAGUCUCCUGUCUCUUGGAAUCUCCGAUGAUGGAGUUUCAAGGUCGUGUAAGAUGCGGGUCUGGCGAAAUUUAGAUGAGGGACCACCUUCUUGGACCGUGCGUCUAGACGGCCCUGGUUGGCAGGCCUCUGUGUUGGAUUUUCCCGAUUUAUCCGCCGGCGGGAAGAUUGCUGCGUCCCCAGACGAGAUUGGGCAUACCAUGGCUAGCGAUGGAGCAGAGAGGCUCGUGCAGGAUAUUUGCCUUGUAAUCCACCACAUACAAUUCCUCGAGAAGCGUUGCAAGGCUGGAUUUUUCAGUUCAAUUUUUCCUAAAGUGAAGAUGAUCAUGAAGGAUCGUUGCCUUUUGAUCGGAAUACGAAUGCCGCCGUCGUACUUCAUGAUCGGAGUGUUCUGUUUAUUGGCCGCCCUUGCAAUCCGCCGCCUUUACCGAGUGUAGUCUGAAUCCCAUUGCAGGUUUCCUCUCU